UUGCACUGAAGCCAAGUGAAGAACCUCAGAAUUGCACUACACGUCAUUCAACUCAGCUACAAUUUUGCUAGCAGCAAAGCAUCUCCACACCACUGGGAUCCCGAUUGCUGUUUUCACCCCUCUGUGCCCAUUGAUUCUGCCUCCACACUUGGAAGCCAGUGCUCAGCAGUAGCUCUAACUCACCGUCCGUCCUGCUGGACCACUCUCCACCAUGUUUCAGCGUCUUACCAGCCUCUUCUUCAGUGACAGCAACACACCGGAAGGCUUGGAGGAGCCCAAACCCUUUGUCGAGGAGGAGGAGGAGGAGGAUGGCUGGCUCAUAAUUGAUCUUGCAGAGGAGCCUGGCCCCGGCGGCGUGGGGAGCAGCCCCAUGGAGGACCUGCUCAUCGAGCACCCCAGCAUGUCCGUCUACGUCACCAGCACCCUCGAGGUGGACGGGGAGGGCCCCGAGGAUGAUGCUGCUGGGGAGGUGCCGGAGCCGCGGCUGGAGCGGCACAUGCCACACCACAGCAGGUCCCUCUCGGUGAAGGCUGCCAUCCUGGAGAAGGUCGGGCAGGCCCGGCGGGUGCAGCGGGCCAAGCAGCUGGCAGAGAAGCCCUGGCUCAGCCAGAAGGCACUGCAGCGGCAGAACCGGGCCCGCCAGCGCCCACUGCGCCGGGCCAAGCAGCACGCUGGGACCUUCGUCCACCAGCCCUGCCAGCGCCACUGCAACUACUGACCUCACCGGGACACCUGCGCCGCCGCUCCCUGCCACCACCACCCCCAGUGGAAGGAGACUUCACACCCUGCCCGACACCAGCCGCCCCGGGGAGCGUCGGCCCCAACGAACACCAGUGAUGCCAGGCUGUGGUUUCACUCCACUCACCCCCACAGGCCUGCACGCCUGGCGCCCCCACUCCUCGUCUUCCUCCCCCCACCCUCUGCUGCUCCCCUCGCCCUUGGCCCCCAGCACCAGCCGGGCCAGCAGCCCCCGGCACCGCCAGCACGGAGGGCUGUGCCACCCGCUCCACUCUUGCAGCCAUGCCAGCCUUCACAUGGGCAAUCGGUAUUCCUGGUGAAAUCACCCAUUUCUGAAAUCCACGGCGAAGCCUGUUUGUCUUGACAAGCCUGUGACAUCAGUGCCUUUCUUCAUGAUGUCAUGACUCCAGGCAUAGCCAGACUGGGAUGUCAUAAGCAGAGGCACCAAGCGCAAGUGAAAAGAAUAACAAAGCAACAAGAUUUGGGAUUUUUAGGAAAAU